AUGGAAAGUAAAGUACUUGUUUCAGCUGUUUCUCUUAUUCUUGUAGUAGGUGUUGCCUUAGGUGUUGUUGCUGUUGUUCGAACGUCGAACAAACCCGGUGAGGAUGGUUCUCAAUUGAAUGCACAUACUAAAGCUGUUGAAACUGUAUGUCAAGGUAGUGAUGAUAGGAAAUUUUGUACUGACACUCUUAAUCCUGUUAAUACCUCGGACCCUAAUGAUUAUAUAAAAGCCGUGGUUAAAACAUCGAUGGAAAGUGUCAUCAAAGCCUUCAACAUGAGCGAUACGCUAGCAGUUGAAAAUGACAAAGGUAACUCGACUGUAAAAAUGGCGCUCGAUGAUUGUAAAGAUUUGUUACAAUCCGCGAUACAAGAAUUACAAGCCUCCAAUGUUUUAAUUCAUGAUAACAAUUCUCAAAAUGUUACUCAACGUACCGCGGAGCUUAAAAAUUGGUUAGGUGCCGUUGUUGCUUACCAACAAUCGUGUCUUGACGGUUUUAAUACCGAUGGUGAAAAGCAGGUUCAGUCGCAGUUGCAGACAGGUAGUUUGGAUGAUGUACAAAAACUUACGGCAUUAGCACUUGAUGUUGUGUCUGCGGUUGCAAAAGUACUUGAUGCAUUUAAUUUGGAUUUGGAUGUGAAAACUUCGUCUCGUAGGCUUUUUGAAGUCGAGGAUGAAGACGGAGAGGGUUACCCAGAAUGGAUGGCCGCUGCAGAUCGUAGGCUAAUGGCUGAUAUGAGUACCGGAAUGUCUGUUACGCCUAAUGCAGUUGUUGCCAAAGAUGGUAGUGGUCAAUUUAAAACGGUUCUUGAUGCUAUUAAUUCUUAUCCGAAAAAUCAUGUAGGUAGAUUUGUUAUCUACGUGAAGGCUGGUGUCUAUGAUGAAUAUAUUCUGGUUGACAAGAAAAAGCCGAAUCUUUUAUUAUAUGGCGACGGCCCUACAAAAACCAUUAUCACCGGUAGUAAGAAUUUUGUAGAUGGUUGGAAGACUAUGCGGACGGCUACAUUCUCUACUGUUGCGGAUGAUUUCAUGGCAAAGGCAAUGGCAUUCGAGAACACAGCAGGAGCAAGCAAACAUCAAGCAGUAGCACUUCGUGUACAAGGUGACCGAUCAGCUUUCUUUGACUGCGCCAUACGAGGUUACCAAGACACAUUAUAUGCACACGCCCACCGUCAAUUCUACAGAAACUGCGAAAUUUCAGGCACAGUUGAUUUCAUUUUCGGCUACUCAGCAACAGUAAUACAAAACUCCAAAAUAAUAAUUCGAAAACCAGAAGCAAAUCAACAAAACAUAGUAGUAGCAGAUGGAACAGAUCAAAAGAACAUGCCAACAGGAGUAGUACUUCAGAAUUGUGAGAUUAUGCCAGAAGCAGAAUUACAAGCUGAUAGAUUAACAGUUAGAUCAUAUUUAGCGAGACCAUGGAAAGCGUAUUCGAGAGCAAUAUUUAUGGAAAAUACUAUAGGUGAUUUAAUUCAACCAGAUGGAUAUCUUCCUUGGUCAGGGACUCAAUUUCUUGAUACAUGUUAUUUUGCUGAGUAUGCUAAUACUGGACCUGGUUCAGAUGUUAAAGCAAGAGUUAAAUGGGGAAAAGGUGUUCUUACAAAAGCUGAUGCAAUGAAAUAUACUGCUAAUGAAUGGAUUCAAGCUGGUAUGUGGUUACCUGCUACUGGUAUACCCUUUGAACUUGGAUUCACUAAAGCUUGA